AUGGAGAAAUGGUUCAAUGGAAGUAAACUGUGGUUGCUCGGGAACCAAUUGCAGCUUCUGCCCAAACGAACGAGGACUUCUUCUAGAUCUAGAAGCAUGGAACGUUACGAGAGGAUCGGUAAGUUGGGCGAAGGCAGCUAUGGCAUCGUAUACAAGUGCCGAAACAAGGAUACAGGGGAAAUUGUGGCGAUCAAAAAAUUCGCAGAAAGUGAAGAAGAUCCCCUGAUCAGGAAGAUAGCCCUCAGAGAAAUAAGACUACUGAAGAACCUGAAACACCCGAACCUGGUGAACCUGAUCGAGGUGUUCAGGCGCAAGCGCCGCCUGCACCUCGUCUUCGAGUUCUGCGAACGCACGGUGCUGCACGAGCUGGAACGCUGCCCUGCCGGCUGCCCCGACGACCUGGCGCGCCAGAUCGUCUGGCAGACGCUGCGCGCAGUCGCGUACUGUCACCGGCACGGCUGCGUGCACAGGGACAUCAAGCCAGAGAACAUUCUGCUGACGGCGCAGGGCGUGGUCAAGCUGUGCGACUUCGGGUUCGCCAGGAUGUUGAAUCCUGGGGAGAAUUAUACGGAUUACGUAGCGACUCGAUGGUACCGAGCGCCAGAACUUCUAGUCGGGGACACCCAGUAUAGCACCCCAGUGGACGUUUGGGCCAUAGGGUGUGUUCUGGCAGAACUAAUCAGAGGAGAAGCCUUGUGGCCUGGAAAAUCUGACGUGGACCAGCUGUACCUGAUCAGCUGCACCGUAGGCGAUUUUUUGCCUCGCCAUAUGCAGGCGUUCAAAAACAACGAUUUUUUUCAAGGGAUCAUUUUGCCAGUGCCUUCAGAACUUGUUCCUCUGGAAGAGAAAUUGCCCUCCUGCAGUGGUACAGUAAUAGAUUUUUUGAAGAAAUGCUUGGACAAGGACCCUUCAAAGAGAUGGACAUGUGAGAAACUUCUCACACACAAAUAUUUCGAAAAUUUCAAUUUCAAAGUGGACGAUUGUGAUAUUCAAAAUGUAGAUAAAUCCGCUAGGGACAAAUCAAGAAAUUCUCUUUUGGGAACCAGCCUGCCACAACUGACAGGUUCGAAACCAGUCAGUCCAUCCAGACCAGCCAACAUUAGUCAACAAAAGUCGAAAGUCAAUCAUUUACCAACAAUAUGA